AGACCUAAUAACUGAGGAUAGCUUCAUAUUAUUUUUAGAUUUUUAUAAAGAAUUUGACACAGUAGAGCAUCACUUUCUCUUCCACUCCCUUGAGAGACUUGGCUUCUGGGAUUUUUUUCUGCAAGGCUAUUAAGACUCUCUAUGCAAAUGGUAACAGCUCUAUUAAAUUGAAAUGUGGCACCUCACCUAGAUUUGAGUUAAAGAGAGGAAUUAGGCAAGGUUGUCCUAUCUCCCCGUACCUGUUUUUAUUAAUCACACAACUCCCAACUUCUUGCAAAUUCUUUAAAUAAUAGCCCUGUACAAGGUAUUUCCAUAGCUGGUAAAUAAAUUAUUAUAAGCCAGCUGGCUGAUGAUACUACACUUUCUCUGAAAGACACUAACCAAAUUCCCAUAUCGAUCAAUGUGAUACAAUCCUUUUCCAAAGCGUCUGGUCUAUAUCUUAACAUUAAUAAAUAUGAACCCAUAGCUGUCAAAGAUUGUGUGACACCUUCAUAUUAUGGUUUUCCAGUAAAAGAAGAACUUACAUAUUUAGGCAUAACCAUUACAAAGGAUCAGAAGUCUAGAGGCUUACUAAAUUUUAACCCUCUUAUUAAACAUACGCAGAAGAAGCUAAAUCAAUGGCUACAGAGGGACUUAUCUUUAAAAGGUAGAGUCCUAAUAACCAAGGCUGAAGGUAUCUCUAGACUAACAUAUGGUGUACUAUCUUUAUAUCUUGACAGUAAAAUAAGCAAGGAGAUAGACCAGAUGCUUUUCAACUUUCUGUGGAGAAACCAUAACCAUUACAUUAGGAAAACUGUUGUAAUGAACACUUAUGAGAAUGGUGGACUUUCUGGACUUUACUACUUUAUAUAAUACUUUUAAGAUCAAUUGGAUAAAACAAUUCCUAAGAAGACCCACUUCUAUCUGGAAUUUUAUUCCUCAUGUCUUCUCUACUUUUGGUGACCUUAACUUCAUGUUGUUUUGUAAUUAUAAUAUUGACAAAAUUCCAGUGAAACUUUCUGCUUUUCAUCGGCAGGUUUUCUUGUCAUGGUCCUUAAUUUAUAAACACCAUUUUUCUCCACACCGAUAUUAUAUAUGGAAUAAUCGGGAUAUAUUGUAUAAAAAUACUUCUUUGUUUUUAGAAUAUUGGUUCCGAAAUAAUAUCCUAUUGGUGAGCCAACUGGUAAAUGCAGAGGGUAUUUUACUCAGUUAUAAGGAAUUCUUAUCACUUUACAAGGCCCCUGUAACACCUAAAGAUUUUGCAAUUCUUUUAGACGCCAUUCCCUCAGGUGUUGCUCUGUUAUUCAGGAACGUGUCAAGACCUGACCCUCAGAGCCUACCUUCUAUUGACCCUGUUGACUCAUCAGUAGGAAAGAUUUGUUUCUCUUUUGGUCCAUUCAACAACAGAGCGAUACGAACGUUGUUUCAGCAGGAUGUUGUAUCUAUACCUUAUGUCAUGCCUUAUUGGAAUAGAUUUAUUGAUAAUAUCCGUUGGAAAAAAGUUUGGAUGUUGCCACACACAUACCUACUUGUUAACAAAAUUAAGGAAGUUUCCUAUAAAAUGAUUCAUAAAUAUAAUCCUGCCAACCACUAUAUGAAGAAGUUUAAGGAAAACAUAAGGUGAAAGCACCAAUUUGUAAGUCGCUCUGGAUAAGAGCGUCUGCUAAAUGACUUAAAUGUAAUGUAAUGUAAAACAUCAACUCAAAUUGCUCCUUUUGUAAUGACCAGCCAGAAACAGUGUUGCAUCUUUUUUGGCAUUGUAUUCAUGUAAGAAAACUGUGGCAAGACAUCAGUAGGUUUAUAAUUGAACACAUUUAUGAAGAUUUUACACUAUUGUGGAGAGAUGUACUGCUUGGGUUCUUUACAUACAAUAGAAAUAAGCUGAAAUAUUUUUAUGUAAUUAAUUUCAUUAUUCUUUUGGCCAAAUGUCAUAUACACAAAAAUAAAUUGAACUGUAUUUUAAGACAGUUAAAUACUCAACUAACAAAAAAGCUGUUAGAAUUGUAAGUGUAUCUAUGUCCCUUAAGGUCCUUGUGUAAUUGUAAUGUGAUAUUUUACCCCCAGCUCGAUUGUCCAGUGUAUGUAGUCUGUAUGUACUUGUGUUCCCUCAUGUAAUUUCUGUAUUGAUUUGUUGUUAAUUAAAACAUUUAAAAUAAUCGAACACAAAAACAAAAACAAAACAAAAAAAGUGAGUGGCCCUGCAUGGUGGACCCGUGUUGGCAGGUUAGAAUGAGUCUAGUGACAGUAUAUGGGAAGUUUAUGCAAAACAAGUACGAUGCAUGGUACAAUGAGGGGCAGUAAUUUCAAUAAAUAGUCAAAUGUUGCUGUUGUUGUGAGACACCAGACAUGUAGAAGUCCUAUUCAGACACAGGGAUUUAGGCCUAUACUAAAGGCUACAAAGAGAAUAUUUUUCCUCGGCCUAAAUCAUGCCGAAAUAAAUAUUAGGCUAUCCAGAUAAAACCCCUUGCCUAACAGAUUUACAUUGGAUGUGUAAGACAUGUAGGCAAGGCCAGGGAAGAUGUUUAUCAUUCAAAUCAAAUGUUACUUGUCUAAAUACAACAUGUGUAGACCUUACAGUGAAAUGCUUACUGAAAUUCCAUCAUGCGCUAUGCAAACUGCAGAAAUAAAGAUCAUGAGCUUUAUGCCUAAGACUCUAACAACAAAAAUCUGGGGGGUUACAGUGACCCCGGCUAUAAAUCCUGGAUAUAUCUUCUAUUAAUUUAUAGGCCUAAUAUGCCUUAACCACCUCCUUGAAGAAGGCUCAUUGGUCUUCUACUUAUAGUCUCCCUUUCCCUCUUCUCCUCUCUCUAAGGCAGUAAGGGAACACAUUGACAAUCAGUAGUUGGGCACAGAUGGCUGAACGGCUCACUUUUGUGUGUUAGUUUGCCUGCAGGUAUACUGAUGAGGAGGCACACAAAGGUAUGUACAGUUGGUAUUGGUUUGAUACCUUAAAGGUAGAGGUGUGGAUCAGAAAACCAGUCAGUAUCUGGUGGGACCAUCAGUUGCGUCAUGCAACGCUACACAUCUCCUUCACAUAGAGUAGAUCAGGCUGUUGAUUGUGGCCUGUGGAAUGUUGUCCCACUUCUCUUCAAUGGCUGUGUGAAGUUGCUGGAUAAUGUCGGGAACUGGAACACGCUGUCGUACAUGUCGAUCCAGAGGAUACCAAACAUGCUCAAUAGGUGACUUGUCUGGUGAGUAUUUAGGCCAUGAAAAAAAUGGGGAAAUGUUCAGCUUCCAGGAAUUGUUUACAGAUCCUUGUGACGUGGGGCUGUGCAUCAUGCUGAAACAUGAGGUGGAUAAAUGGCACGACAAUGGACCACGGGAUCUCAUCAAGGUAUCUCUGUGCAUUCAAAUUGCCAUCGAUAAAAUGCAAUUGUAUUCAUUGUCCGUAGCUUAUGCCUGCCCAUCCCAUAACCUCACUGCCACCAUGGGGCACUCUGUUCACAACGUUGACAUCAGCAAACCACUCAUCCACACAACGCCAUACACACUGUCUGCCAUCUGCCCGGUACAGUUGAAAGCGGGAUUCAUCCGUGAAGAGCACACUUCUCCAGCGUACCAGUGGCCAUCGAAGGUGAGCAUUUGCCAACUGAAGUCGCUUACAACGCCAAACUGCAGUCAGGUCAAGACCCUGGUGAGGACAACGAGCAUGCAGAUGAGCAUCCCUAAGACUGAUUCUGACAGUUUGUGCAGCAAUUCUUUGGUUGUGCAAAACCACAGUUUCAUCAGCUGUCUGGGUGGAUGGUCUCAGUCAAUCCCGCAGGUGAAGAAGACAGAUGUGAAGAAGACAGAUGUGGAGGUCCUGGGCAGGCAUGGUUACAAGUGGUCUGCGGUUGUGAGGCUGGUUGGACCUUUUAAUGCCCCCUGCACAAGGUGCACCUGUGUAAUGAUCAUGCUGUUUAAUAAGCUUCUUGAUAUGCCACACCUGUCAGGUGUAUUGUCUUGACAAAGUAGAAAUGCGCACUAACAGGGAUGUAAACAAAUUUGUGCAAAACAAUUGAGAGAAAUAUGCUUUUUGUGUAUGUAGAACUUUUCUGGGAUCUUUUAUUUCAGCUCAUGAAACAUUGGACCAACACUUUACAUGUUGCAUUUAUAUGUUUGUUCAGUGUUCAUUGUGAGACUGGUUACAGUCGCGAUCAUUGUGCAAAAUCUGCAGCAAUAAAUAUAUAUUAUUUAAUGUGUAGGUUUAGCAAAUUAAACUUGGUGGAUUCCGGGUUGGACACGUCUCACUAACGCACUGAUCUUCUCUUGGUGAUGGGCUAUCCCCGUCAAACAGUCUGGAAAAGAGAAUGACAGAGGCCUCUAUUGACCAAAAGACCAAUAUAGCAUGGGCAGCGCCAUAGAGGGCUUCCGAAAUGUUAAAGUGGUCAAACUAGUCAACUGUGUGGGGAUUCUUAUGGGUUGUAGCCUCAAUGGCGCUACCUAUGCUGUCACAGAUAUAAAGAUGGUUCCUCUAUCUAUCCCUAUGUUUUGACCGCAUGGGACUGCCUUCUGGCAUCUAGUGAGCGAGUUCUGGAACGCUGCCUGAUGUGGGCUACUGCGCAAGCCGUGCUUACAGCUGCAGGGAAUAUAUGUUCAGCACUGCGCGCUUCGCGCUCCCAUCUGCACAGUCCACUAUGGAACGGAACAGGGAUGACUGCCACAGGACCGAAGGAAAAAGAAGAGACCACAACCCCCAGCAUGACGGAUGACAGGAUCGAGAUGAUGUAUAUUCUGGAGACGCCCCAGAUGCGAGGCGAGGAGGAGAGGCUUCGAACUUUUGAAAACUGGCCGGGCGAUGCUCCUGUCACCGCGACCAACCUAGCCAGAGCGGGCUUCUUUUUUCUGGGGCCCGAUGAUAAGGUCAAGUGCUUCUGUUGUGGAGGGACCCUGAGGUAUUGGGUCCAUGGGGACAGUCCGAUCGUCGAACACAAGAGACACUUUCCCACUUGUAGUUUGGUAAUGGGUAAAGCCGUUGGGAAUAUCCCACUGUAUGUCGUUCCCGGGUCCCCUUCUGACUCCGUGGACGGUCAGCUGUUGAGCCAGCUCCAGAGGAUGACUGUGGACGACCAGGGGGCGGCCGGGCAGGCUGUUUACCCCGAGAUGGAGUCAGAGGAAUCCCGUCUCACCACCUUCCACAACUGGCCCACCGGUGCGGCGGUCCAGCCCGAUGUUCUGUCGAGGGCAGGAUUCUUCUACACAGGACACGGUGACAACGUGAAAUGUUUCUACUGUGAUGGAGGGCUGAGGAACUGGGAACCUGGAGAUGACCCCUGGCAGGAGCACGCCAAGUGGUUCCCACGAUGUUACUUCCUGAUCCAGACGAGAGGGCGAGACUACGUCAGCAACAUCCAGGGUACUCACUUCAAUAGAGAGACUGUGGGUGUAUCACAGACUCCGGUGUCCAGAGAAAUCAACUCAGAAAAUGAUGUGGUGGGUGGUCUGGGCGUACCCUCGGCCAUGUUGUCUCCUGUGGUCCAGACCGUGCUCCAGAUGGGGUUUGAGGCUGGCCUGGUGGAGAGUCUGGUCCAGACGAAGUACCUGCUGAACGGCCAGCACUACACCUCCGUGUCUGGCCUGGUCACUGACAUACUGGCAGCUGAGGAGGAGGACCGGACCAGGAGGCCGCAGAGCAGAGGUCAGAGGCUGGUGGAGAGGCAUGGGCUCAGUGCAGGAGGGGUCAGGACACAGACACCCAUCAGAGAAAAAGCAGUGGGUGACCCCACCCCUGAUGAGCUCCUGCGUCAGCUGCAGGAGGAGCGGACAUGUAAGGUGUGUAUGGACAAGCGGGUUUCCAUUGUCUUCAUCCCCUGUGGUCACCUGGUGGUGUGUAGCGACUGUGCUGCCAGCCUGCGUCACUGCCCCAUCUGCAGAGCCACCAUCAGAGGCAGUGUCCGAGCAUUCAUGUCCUGAAAGACACACACUCAAGCUUUUGUUUACCUUCGACAAAUGAAGAAAGAUUCUAGAACCCCUUGGAGCAGCUCACAUUAUUUUAUAGGUGCUGUGAGAACAUUCUGAAAAUGUUCCCUGGAUGUUGGAUGCCAGGUCUGACCCACGUUAAAACCGUUGAUUUGCCCUGCUCAAAAUACCCUCAAAUUAAAAUGGCCUCGUGUUGGCUGUAAUAUAUUAUAUAUAUAACAAUAAAAACAGAUGCAAUA